AUGAGUUCAUAUCCGAAUUACGGUGCUCCACCAGUACCACCAGAGCUGGCAAAUGCUCCACCACCACCAGGUCCUCCACCUGGCCACCUGCCUCCAGAACUUGCUUCACAAAUGAUGGGAGGAAUGUAUGCGGCGCCUCCACCACCCCCACCAGAGUCAAGCGGCUCGUACGGCGCUCCACCACCAGUUUAUGGAGCACCACCGCCCGUGCUCAAUUCUUACGGAGGCGGAGCUCCUCCGUCUGGUCCACCCAAAGAUGACUAUCGUGGUCGCCGAGAGGAGAAUCGCUACUCUGAUCGCGUUGAUCGCGGCGCUGGAAACAGAAACAGCUACGGCGGUGGCGGCGGAGGUGGCUACGAAGAUCGUCGAGGAGGCGGGUACGGAGGUCGAGGCCGCGACGAUUCAUUCCGCGGCAGAAGCAGGGAUGACUUCAGAAGAGGAGGCGAUCGCGACGGAGGAGAUCGAAGAAGCGGCGGCGGUCGAGAUUUUGGAGAUCGAGGCGGUGUCAGAGACUUUGGCGGCGAUCGUGGCGGAUUCAGAGGUGGACGUGGCCGCGGAGGAUUUGACCGAGAAGAUCGAAGAGGAGAUGACAGAAGAGGCGGAGACAGACGCGAUCGAGAUGGUCGAGACGGUCGAGAUGACAGAAGAAGCGAUGGCGGCUACCGCGGAGGCGGUGAUAGAGACGGCGGUUUCCGAGGCGGUCGAGGCGGCGGCGGUGAUCGUGGUGGUUACCGAGGCAGCGGAAGAGGCGGUGGACGAGACUUUGGCGACCGAGGAGGAAGAGAUUUCGGAAAUCGUGGAGGAGGACGCGACUUUGGCGGCGACAGAAGAGGUGGCGGACGCGAUUUUGACCGCGGCGGUGGACGAGAUUUCGGAGACAGAGGAGGCGGAAGAGACUUUGGCGGCGAUCGAGGUGGAUUCAGAGGCGGACGCGGCGGAGGUGGAUUCCGUGGCGGACGAGGUGGCGGAAGAGGACCACCUGGAGCUUCUUUCGACCCAGACCGUGUUCCAUCAAAGUUCGGCGGCGGACGAGCUCACCAGCCGUAUCAAGGAAAAGGACGAGGAUUUCAACGGCAACCUCGCGACGACGAUCGUGGCUAUUCCAGAAGAUCGAGAUCACGUUCUCCCCGUCGCUCUCGAUCCCCACCUAGAUACGACGACUACAGAUAA